UGAUGAAAGUAAAGGAUAAAGAGGAACUAGAGGAAAAGUGUUUGGUAAAAUAAGUGGCUAGUGGCAGACGCUAGGGGCUGAACAAUAAAAGCUUCAGGAGGGGGGCACGAAUGACAGAGAAAGGGAGAGAGAGAGUGGGAGAGAGAGAAAGAGAGAGGCAGGGCAAAGACAAUGUGUGUGAGGACGUCUUUUCUCACAGGAAUUUAGUUUUACUACCAGUAUCGUAACUUUACCUGCACAAGUCACACAAGUCCAGGCCAGGCCGGAUUCCUAGGAACGGACCCCGGGUUACAAAAGAUGACCAGGAAGUAUAUAUCGUCUCUCAGUGGUGGAGCAUUUGAACACAAUUCUACCCAAAAUGAGACUGAGCCACAUGCUGCUGGGAAUUUGCUGGAUAAGGACAAGACAAAGGUGGAACUGGGAAAAAAGGUGACUCUACUUCGAGGCAUGUCCAUCAUCAUUGGUACCAUCAUUGGAGCUGGAAUCUUCAUCUCCCCGAAGGGAAUCUUGAAGAACACAGGCAGUAUAGGGAUGUCCCUCAUAGUUUGGAUUGCCUGUGGUGUGCUGUCACUAUUUGGAGCCCUGAGUUACGCUGAGCUGGGGACUUGUAUAAAGAAGUCCGGUGGACACUACACAUACUUGCUGGAGGCCUUUGGACCUCAGCUGGCAUUUGUGAGGCUCUGGGUUGAUCUUAUUGCUGUAAGGCCGGCAGCAAUGGCAGUCAUUUCACUGGCCUUCGGGCAGUACAUCCUGGAGCCUCUGUUCAUGCCAUGUGAAAUCCCCCCUCUGGCUGUGAAACUGGCCACCACCAUCGGCAUAACUUCUGUCACAUACCUUAAUGGCAUGAGCGUGUCUUGGACCGCCAGGGUUCAAAUCUUUCUCACCUUCAGCAAGCUUCUGGUCAUUGGCAUCAUCAUAGUGCUUGGGAUGUAUCAGCUUUUUAAAGGAGAGACCAAAAACUUUGAGGAUGCUUUUGAUCUGAGCAGCAUAGAGCUGUCUGCUAUGCCUCUGGCCUUCUACUCUGGGAUGUAUGCUUAUGCUGGCUGGUUCUAUCUGAACUUUGUGACAGAGGAGGUGGAGAAUCCUGAGAGGACUGUGCCAUUAGCGAUCUGUAUCUCCAUGGCAAUCGUAAGCUCUUGCUAUGUGCUAACCAAUGUGGCGUACUACACUGUGAUGUCAGCAGAGGAGCUCCUGUCCUCACAGGCUGUAGCUGUGACUUUUGCAGAGAAGUUGAUGGGGAACUUUUCAAAAGCACUUCCAAUAUUUGUGGCCUUGUCCUGCUUUGGCUCCAUGAACGGAGGCCAGUUUGCCUUGUCAAGAAUGUUCUAUGUGGCGUCACGUGAAGGACAGCUCCCUGAGGUUCUGUCCAUGAUCCAUGUGCGCAGACACACUCCAUUGGCCGCUGUUCUUAUAUUGUACCCUAUGACCUUGCUGCAACUGUUUGUGGGGGACCUCUACAGUCUGCUGAACUUCAUGAGCUUCCUGCGGUGGCUGUUUAUUGGUAUAGUGGUGCUGGGUCUAAUUUAUCUCCGAUACACAAAACCUGAUCUUCCCCGUCCCUUCAAGGUUCCACUCUUCAUCCCAGUGGUUUUCUGCUUCACCUGUUUCUUCAUGGUCUUCCUGUCUUUGUACUCGGACCCAGUCAACACAGGCAUAGGAUUUGCCAUCUCCCUCACUGGGUUCCCAGCAUACUACAUCUUCAUAUACUACAAUAACAGGCCGAAGUGGCUGCAGAGAGCUUUAGAUUCCUUCAACAGAACCCUGCAGAUCAUCUUGGAGGUCGUCCCUGCUGAGCAAUAAACAGACACAAACUGUGUCCUCUCCCUCACAUCACAAACAUUUACUGAGCGGAAUUGUAACUCAAACAUAAAAGUCUCAGUAUUGUUUCCAAAAGACUCCAUUAAAAUGGAAGUAAAAGUGCUAUGUCAUUGUUUUUUGCUCCUUGUUACACAAGUUUUAUUUUGCAACUGAAUGUCUUUGAGUGUGUCACCUGAAAACGCCUACAGCAACGUGAGCAUAAACUCCAGAGUGAGCCUUGGCACCAACCCUGUGUUCUCAGACUGUAACGCAGAUGUCACAGCUUUAGCAGGAGGCAAAACAAACACAAUGAGUAACAGUGGAUUGUGUUAGAUAAUUAAAUGAUAGUUUUUAAUUAUUUAACAUCUGUAAAAAGGUACAGAGUAGGAAAUAUAUGGGCAACUUUAACUGUUCACAGACAUAUCAGUCUAAUGACACAUGGGAUUUGAACCAAGGACUGCUCAACUACUGAUCAAUAUCCACUCAGGUAGGGCUUGAGCACAGUUCCUGAAGUUAGAAAUGUUUAAGUUUACUCCAAUGAUGAUGGUUCACUGCUCCACCUGCUAGAUUAUUUUCUGUGAGUUGGGAGUACUAAGUCCUCUAAAAGAGGAGUAUCAACGUACAGUACAGGGGCCACGGGCCAAAUCCAGGGUUUAAUCAAACUUGCGAGAUGAUUUUGUAAAGUAUAUAAUGAACUUCAUUAAAAAAAAACAACUGCUGUUCUAAUUACAUCUACUGGGUGGCGCGGUAGCAAUUGUGUGAUUCAAGCAAACUGUUUAUACCAGAGCAAGUGGUCAAGCAAGUGCAGCCAGUCUGGAUGAGCUACUUUGUUUUCCCACAAUAAUUAUUAUAGCUUCUGCUUUUAACAUUAUGUGCCUUGGCACCCUCUUUGCCUCAAUGUCUUAAAGAAAGGUCAUGAAAUCGCAGUGGCCUUAAAACUAGUGAGGGUGGAUUUGUAAAAACAUGCAUGAUGAAGGCAGCAGAAAUUGUGUGCCCUGAAACGCACCAGGCUUUUGCAAAUAUAAGCCUGUCAAGGAACACAGUUUCAGACAGGAUUCCCGAUCUUUCGGUGGAUUUGGACAGCCAGUUGAAGCAAAAAGGAAAGUAAUUUAUUGUGUUUCCGGUUGCAGUUGAUGAAAGCAUUACAGAUGUAGCACAACUGGUCAAUUUCAUCAGUGGAGCUGAUGACAUAUUGACCGUCAAAGAAGAUGGUCAAUAUGUCAGCUGGAGUUGGUGCCGAUGCCAGAUAGCAGACGACAGCAGCUGAUAUUUUCACCGCACUUGUCGGCUUGUGGACAUGGUCGGAGUGGACUGGUCCCGCGCUGAUAGCAUGGCUACGGAUGGUGCGGCCUCAAUGAUUGGGCAAAAAGCAGGCACAACAAAGUUGUCACGCGGUAUUAUGACAGUAUACGUUCUUUCACGUUGUCAUUGUGGCAACUUGCCGGUGGUGAUGGAGCUCACUUCCCCUGUACAGAAUGCUACUGCACGCCUGUUGACUAGAACACAGAACAGAGACCAUAUUACACCAAUUCUAGCUUUUCUUCACUGGCUGCCUGUUCAUUGUAGUAUAUAA